GAACCAGCGUCGUCGUGAGACGGAGACCCAAACCGAAACAAGACCUGUCGGUCGAAGUUUCUAGGGCUAGUGGUCGAGUACGCUACGCUCUCCUGUGAUCGUGGAGAGAAACGGAGGGAGGAAGGGGCAGAAGGGAAGGGAAGGAUGUGGCACGAGGCGCGGAGGUCAGAGAGGAAGGUCCACGACAUGAUGGACGCGGCCCGGAAGCGGGCGCAGCGGCGCGCCGUGUACCUUGCCAAGCGCCGUGGCGACCCCCAGCAGUUGCUCCAGGUCACCGGUGCCCGCUGCCGCGUCUACCGCGACGACGGAUUGUACCAGGCCGCCCAGGACCAGCAGGGAUUGAUACCAUGGAAUGGAAAGCAAGAUAUCUUGAUUGACAGAUUUGAUGGCCGCGCUCUUCUUGAUUUUAUUCGAGAUUCUAGUUCUCAUGCUUAUCGAGUUCAGCAGAAAACUGAGGAAGAAGAAGAAGUAGAAGAGUUUGUUAAUUUUAAGCGUUACCGGGAUUUAAUUAAGCUUCGACGUAGAGGAUUUACUGAUGAUGAGGGAUUGCAACAUGUUCACCAACAGCUGGAGGCAAAGAAUUCACUUCCAUUUGCAUUUGAAAGGCCACGAUCCACACAGCUUCCAGUGAGCAAAGGUUCAUACUCACAGGUCGGAUUCUCCUACAAAGGAGAAGGUCAUGAAGAAUCUCACAAUUUGGACAGUGAAAGUGAGGAUGAAGAUAAUGAUGAGGAUGUUGAUGAAAAAGAUUUCAGUAGUGAUGAUAGUAAUGAUGAGAGGAUGGAAACUAUUGCUAAAGAGUUUGGCAUCAAGAGAUACAACUGGCUUGUUUAUAUGGAUAAAAAAGCCAAGGAGGAAGAGAAAAGGCAAAAGGAAAUAAUUAGAGGAGAUCCUGCUAUUAGAAAAUUGAGUCGCAAGGAAAGAAGGAAGGCUUCUCAGAUGGAAAGGGAAAAAGAAAGGGAAGCAGCACAUCUGACAGGAAGGGCACCUCAUCAUGAUCCUUACAGGGAGUCGCGUCAAAGUCCCACAUAUGAAGCUUAUCCCAGGAGCAGCAUAUCAAGAUCCAGGUCCCGGUCAUUUUCACCUUCACAUUCAAGAUGGCAUGAACACAGUUCUCAUGCUGAUAAUGGGCAUCGAAGCAAGUCGAAGCCUCCGAAAAUUGAAUAUAUUACAGAGUUUGGUGGUACAAACGACUUGGACCAAAAAUUUGGAGGAGUCUCCCCACCAUCAUCUCCAUUGCAAGCUGAUCUAUCAAACCGGGCAUCAGGUGGUCGAAUUCUUGAGGCACUUCAUGUUGAUCCUGCAUCUGCUAUCUCUCUUGAACAGGAAAAGAAUGCUAAAAUGUUGAGACCACCGAUCAGCUCACCGUCGUCGUCGUCGUCGUCGUCAGCAAUAGCAAAACUUAGUAAAACUCCUCUUGGGGCAUCCUCAAAAACUCAACAGGACAAAAGAAAGGAAACUCCUCAAGAACGCCUCAAACGGAUUAUGAGUAAACAACUGAAUAAACAAAUUCGGAAAGAUACUGCUGCUGCUCCACCAAGAGGACGUCGCCACAGCAGAAGCCGCAGUAGAAGCAGGAGCCCCAGAGGAUACUAUUCUCGAUCGCGGUCUCAUUCCCCACAGUCAAGAAGCAGGACCAGGUACUGAAGGAUUUCUGACAAUGCUCAGUUGAGGUCGGCUGAAAUUGCCAAUAAGUUAUCCAUGGAGUGUCGUCACUCAGUUCAACACGAUAGCCUUGGAUGACAAUCUGGUUUACAGUGCUUUGAUUGAUGCCUGUUAGUCUUAGUGGUUGUAGAUGCAGAAUUAGUUACUGUUUAGCUAGUUUCAGUACACCUGAAUUCCUGUUUUGGGUAAUUUUGCUGUGCUAUGUAGCUCAAGUCUUGGAAGUUUUACUUACACAUCAAUUUACAGGCUAAAUUAUUUACUUGCCUUUUGGCUCAA